GAUAAAAGGGGUUCAUGGCCCCCUGACCCCACUGUGGUUAACAGAUCUCUUGGGUGUUUGGAAGCUGUGUGUUGCCAAGAUGAUGCAACAGAUUUUGAGGGACAUGUACAUCGAUCCGGACCUGCUGGCGGAGCUCAACGAGGAGCAGAAGCACAUCCUAUUCUAUAAGAUCCGCCAGGAGCAGGUGAGGCGCUGGGAUGAGAGGGAGAACCAAGAGAACCAGGAGAACCAGGACCAGGACCAGGGGAAGAAGGGCAGCAGGAGAAGUAUCCAGUGGCUGCAGGGCAGCGAUGGGGAUGUGUGGGUGUGGGUGAUGGGCGACGCUCCUGGGGAUAAGCCUUAUGAGGACAUCAUCAAGGAGUUGAUGGGGGAAAAAGCCAGACGGCAGGCUCAGCAGGAGGCCAAGGAGCUCUGGCGAACCAAAGAGGCUGAGAUUGAGGAGAAGUUCCGGGGUGCUAUGGCGAAGGAGAAGGCCCGUUUUGUGGCAGGGAAGUGGAAGGAAGAAACGGAGGACAGGAAGGCUGCCAAGCAGGAAGAGGAACACAUCCAGGAGGCUCUCAAGAAACGAGAGGAGGAGGAGAGACAGCAAGGUGAGGAGGAGAUAAAACGUGCAGAGGAGAAGAGAGCGAGGGAGCUGUAUAUCUCCCUAGAGCAGGAACAGAGAAGGAGUGAGAAGAAUGACAAGGAAUGGGAGGAGCAACUGCGGCGCUCUAAGAUGGCUGACCAGGAGAUGCAGAGAAAAGCGAGGCGGGCGCGGGAUGAGUACAAGCGCCAGUCCCUGCGGGCUAUAGAGAAGGGCCGUGUGGCGGGGCUCAGUGGGCUGUUCCAGCAGGGCCCGGUGGUGGGGAACGGACCAACAGCAGCCCCCCUCAGGAGACACAGCACCGUGCUAGAGUCAUCCUCCUCCACCACACAACGCCCCGGCCUCCAUCCUGCUGCUCCUCCACUGUACCGCCGCAGACAGAGCCAAAGACACAGCACCAUUGUUACACAGCCACUGAUGGACAGUCCUGCCUGGGUGAGAGCUCCCCGGCCCAGCUCCAGAGAAUGUGUUCUGCUGUGGUUCAAAGAGGAGCAGAGGCCCAAACAGGCUGGCUAUGAGCGCAACAGCACCGCCAUCGCCCCCUGGUUCCACGGUCUGAUUUCCAGACAGGAGUCAGAGACCCUGCUGAUGAAUGCAGCGGACGGCUCCUUCCUGGUGAGGGUGAGUGACAGGAUCUGGGGCUACACGCUGUCCUAUCGCACGGCCGACGGCUUCAAACACUUCUUGAUCGACGCAUCAGGAGACUACUACAGCUUCCUGGGUGUGGACCAGAACCGCCACGCCACCCUGGCUGACCUCAUCGACUUCCACAAGGAGGAGGUGAUCACCACAUCAGGAGGAGAGCUUCUUCAGGAGGCAUGUAAAUGGACAGUCUCAGCCACGGACUAUGGGGGGCUCUUCCAAUGACCCCCUCUACACCCUGUCAGGUCACUGUGAACACCUUUCUGCUCCCUACGAUGUCACUUUGAACUUUGAACUCACCCCACUGGAUUCACACACAGUGAGCUGUCUUUCUACAGGCAUGGAGCCAUGUCUUCAGACUCUAACCAUUCCACAGGACUGUCUGUAGACAUCCAUUCCCCCAGUAGCAUCUUGCAUGCGCCUCGCCACUAGCUGUUGCAGUGGGGACUUCUUGGUAAACAAAGUGCUGCUACAAGCUGUUUGGAAGCUGUAAACUGUCUAACACGAGAGAGGAGUGAGCCAUUGAGAUAUACAGUA